AUGCCGCCAACCCCUGUCACAACACAUCAGCGAAUGGGAUCAAACCCGCACGCAAGUCUCCCUGAAAGACCUCGAUAUCCAUUUACCGGUCUACCUGCUGGAUAUCAACGACCUGCCGCUCCUUUUACCACUUUGCCCGCUGGAUACAAAAGGCCUGCAGCCCCGUUUACUAAAUUGCCUACUGGGUAUCAACGCCCUAGCUAUCCAUUUGCUAGUCAUAAUUCGUCACCGUCUCCUCAGCAUCCGGGUACAGCACCUGCAAGCCCUCCCUAUCCACAUUCUCCGGAUUUAUCGUCAGCUCCCAAACCUGACCCUCCACCGCUUCCUCCUAGAGUACCUAGGAGAAAGCCUGUACCUGUGUCCCACAUACCGAUUCAACAGGGCGGGCAAACUAAUACUAGCCACUCUACUCCGCCUCCGCUUCCACCAAGAGAUGCGGCUGCCUCCAAGAGUUCCGGGCCGCCCCUUGUGCCACCCCCGCCACGAAUUUGGAAGCCCGAGGAUGAUGAUCAUGAUCUCGAUCAUGUCGAGUAUCCACCCCUCCAUAUAUCUGAGCCAAGACCAGAUGGGCCGCCGAAUGAGUUUCUCCAGGAAUGUCCUGGCUCGCGUCAGACGGACUACAAGGCUUUCUGGUAUCGAUUACCGUCAGCUCCUGAAUCACUUGCAUGUUCUUUCUGUUAUCAGAAGCAUAUUCAACCAAGCUCCCUGGGAGAUCAAUUCGAAAAGGUAGAGUCUUCGGAGGGAAAAUGUCGUUUUAAUGUACCCCGUAUCCUCCUACACUUCUGGCCCGAUGCUCAGAGGACCCAAAGCGUUAAUGCCCUCGCGGAAUUUAUGAAUAUAAGACUGGCAGUUCCGGACUGCAAAGGAUGGAAAGGUGUUAAGCAGGGCGAUGGCAUCAAGUUUUUCUCUCCUACAUCAGACCCACCAAAGGGCUUCGUGGCUUGCGAAGCCUGCUAUGAGGAUCACGUACUAGGUUCUAAGUUUUCUAACAAAUUUGUACCGACGCCAUAUCCUCUGCCUGCUGGUACUACUUGGAAGUGUUGCUUCUCUGGGGCACUUGUCGCCAGAGCACUUCGAAAAUAUGAGCAUGUCUAUGAUGGGUGGAAUCUUUGGGCAAAUGAGGCAAACAUGCGAAUCUUCCUGCCGGUGUGUGACGGGAAGCCCUGCGCACCGAGCAGCAGAAGAUGGUUCCUUCUACGCGGAACCGGGGCCUUUGCCUGUGAGGCCUGUUAUCACGACAAGGCCGGUUUGACUAAAUACGCGCAGGACUGGGAACUAUUUGAUAAACGCCCAGCCCCUGGGGCGCUGUAUACUUGCGGUCUCAAAAUUAUUCCAGUAUUGGUUGCAUGGCAUACAUCAAUGGGGCUUCGGAACUUAUAUUUCGUCCAGAAAACAGCGACGGUGCUGGCAUCUGUCGGUCCUUGUUCUCCAAAGGGGUCUCAAGGUGUUAUUUGGUAUUCACUGAAAGGAUCUUCAGCCGAAUUUGCUCUGUGUCCGGUUUGCUACAAAGGAAUUGCUGAGCCCAUGGGAGUGGGCAAAUAUUUUGAAGUGAGGCCUGCCAGCCCCGGUUGUACCACAAUUUGUGAUUUCACAGCCGGUGGGCCACGAUCCUCCGAGUAUUUAUUCCGCUUUGCGGAAGCUCUGGAUACGGGUGUAUGGUCUGCGUUUUCUACGUACGUCGAAAAAUGGGCAUCCGUUCCCCCCUGCUCAAAGGAUAAGUUAGGCCCUGGAAUAUUCUACGGAUUUGACCAGGGCUUUCCUGAUAUUGCUGCCUGCAAAAAAUGCUACGAGGAGGUGAUUUCGUCGUCCCCCUUCGACUCCUUGAUCGUACGUCGCGAUGAGACCAUGCAUGAUGGAAAGCCUCUACAGGCUCUUUGUAGUUUUUUCUCUCCCAAUAUGCGAUCACGGUGGAAGUCCGCUUGUGAGACUGGGGAUUUUGAUGGUUUCAUGGCAUAUGCCACGGCACGGAUCAAAGUAUGGUGUGACACAGUCCCAGUAUAUGAAAUGUUGUUCGCGAAACAGAAGAUGGCUCAACAGCAGGCGAUGACGGCCGGCCUUGCUCAAUUAGAGUAUCAGGGUAUGGAAAAUAUUGGACUUGCGGUGAGGGGCUACCGGCCAGACCAUCGGUAUGGGAACAGUUCCAUAGGAUGGCACGACACCCAGAAUGGGGCCACUGCAGCUCAAUACGGCCAAGAUAUGAUGUCCGGCUUUUUAAAGUCUACUGGUGGUGAUGCAUGGGCGACAAUAAUAGAACUAGAGCAGCGGUGGCAUUCAGUUAUGUAA